CCUUCUUCAUCCCAAUCAUCGUUCGACUGCUUCUAUCUGUCGAUCACUUUGGCAAGAUGGGUCAUUGGAGGGAUAUAUUCAACACCGACAGUGCGCAAACCCGGCAUCGUCUGCAUAUGGAGCGGCACCGUUUGCUUCCCGCCUACACGGACGAUCAAGUCUCUUCUACUUGCCCUUCCAAAGAGGUGACUAGGAUUGCGCUUCGCCUGAAAUACCAGAUUGAGCAGGUCGUUUCGUGUGAGGUUGACGAAGAUGCCCUCACUGCCCCCAACAGUCGAAUCAUCACCAAAAAUGUCGUCCGGACCGCUUGUCAGGCGGGAGGCGAUGAACUGCGGGCCUGCGUUCCCUUCUGCCUCCUAGUCUGUCUGCGCUGGUUCAAGAUCCAAGCUCGGGAGGAGCUCUGGGAUUCAGACCUGCAUGAACGGCGAGCUCUCGCGUGCGAGGUCAUCGCAAAGCGCAUAAUCGAGAAUGAAGAAGAUCAAGAUACUCUUCUUGCUCAUGUUCUGCUCAAACGGUAUUCGAUCUUCCUUGAUGGCGAGGAGAAGGUGCCAGCCAAUGUCAUUGAGCGCGCAGUCGAUCUCCAUGCCCUCAGGGUGAUUGGCUCUUCGGGGUAUCAGAAGUGUAUUCGAUACCUCUGGAAUGGUUGGUUUUGCCAGCAGGAGGGCAACCCAACCAACUUUGUGCCCUAUCAGGAGAGAGACAAUACUAGUUUCAGGGUCCAUUUCCACCCGGAUCGUAUGCGGACACCACUUUACCAGAAUGUCUGUCAGAUUCUCUUCUCCCUUGUGUACCUCGGCCUAUACACCCAAGUCAUCAACACGGUCAACCCCUCCGGGGAUCUGGAUGUCGUGGAGGGUGUCCUUUACGUGAUGACUCUGGCAUUUGUUUGUGAUGAAAUCGCCAAGGUGUGGAAGGUAGGCCGGCAUUACAUUGAUUUCUGGAAUGUCUUCAAUUCCACCCUCUAUUCCAUCUUGGUCGUUUCCUUUGUUCUACGGAUUGUGGCAUUGGCUCAUUCGCCGUCUGUGCAUGAUGCUGAGCGGCAGAAAUUCAAUGAGCUCAGUUACAACUUUUUAGCUUUCGCGGGGCCAAUGUUCUGGAUGCGCAUGAUGCUCUAUCUCGACUCGUUCCGGUUCUUCGGUGCCAUGUUUGUGGUACUCCGGGUCAUGAUGAAGGAGAGUUUGAUCUUCUUUGCCCUUCUCUUUGUCGUUUUGGCAGGGUUCUUCCAGGCAUUCAUGGGAAUGGCUCAGGUGGACAACGAUAUCCCAAUCACAAGAAGUAUCAUCCAGGGCAUGGCGAACAGUAUCAUGCAGAGUCCUGAAUUCGGCACCUUCGAGGAUUUUGCCUUUCCCUUUGGUAUUAUCCUUUACUACCUCUUCAAUUUCGUGGUUAUGACGAUCUUGUUGAAUAUCCUCAUUGCAUUGUAUAAUAGUGCAUAUGAGGACAUCUCUGGCAAUGCCAUUGACGAGUACAUGGCCACGUUUGCGCAGAAAACCAUGCAAUUCGUCCGAGCUCCGGAUGAGAAUGUCUUCAUACCUCCCUUCAACCUUCUCGAGAUCAUCUUCUUGGUUCUCCCAUUCGAGUGGUGGUUGCCACGGCAGUACUAUGCUAAAGUGAACGAUGUCAUAAUGGGUAUAAUUUACUCACCAAUCCUUCUGGUCACUGCAUUUUUGGAAGUCCGGGACGCUAGGCGGAUCAUAUGGAACCGGCGAAAUGGAGCGGAAGAUGAUGACAGUGUUCAGGAAUGGGAACAUGCCGCUGGAGAGGUGAAUUUCGACAUCGACGAUGUCUGGAGACAGUCCGUUCAGGAAACUGCACCGAAUCUGGAGGUUGACAGUACCACUGCUGAGCUCGUGCAGUUGAAAGAGCAGGUGGUGGCCUUGACCGAGACUGUUCGGCAAUUGACCGAGGAUAAAGCUAAACGGGCAAUGGUGAUCGGAGAGUCAAGUUCGACUAUGCUAGGCGAGGAGUAGAGCGGACCUCGCACAGUCGAACGUGUCGUUAUUCCCUUCUUGGAGUAUCGAUUUGUAUGUUGUUGAGUUGGUGUAGCGUGGCGGGUGCCGAUCAUUCAGGGCUGUAGAUGGGAAUUUCAUAUUGCUGUGUGUUUCUGUCGUUUUGGUUGCGGAUAAGUGUGGGCUCGGUGUAUUUCAGUGUCUUCGUGUGUAGCUGGGGUAGAAGAAGAAAUACUAGU